UAAAUAAGGGGACCAGACCCCCUACAGAUAUAAGCUUUGUCCACCCAAAUCCGCAGAAGAAAAAAAGGACACAAACCCCCCAACAGUCCCGCGUCUCCUUGAAGAAGCUUAAACCCUAACCUCAGGGCAAGCAAAACAGCCAUCAAAAUUGAAUCAAAGUUCAUGGCAAGCAACGGCGAAAACUCUUCAGCGACGCCCCAAUCGACGGACGAUAAGCCUGUGAUUGUCAGGGUUAAACGCAAAGUCUCUCAGUCUCGCCUCGAUGCUUUCUGGCUGGAAAUCAAUGAGAGACCUUUGAAGCGCCCCUUUUCUGAUUUUCAGAAGCUAUCCAUAUCUGAAUCGUCCCAAAAAGAGGAGUUGAAGAGUAAGAAACUAUUUGUGCGGCAUGUCAAUACAGUUAUAAGCUCUGAGGCCACAGUUGAUAUUUUGCAAUCUUUUAUGCCCGGUUCUGCGGAUGCUACUACCGGUAAUGCAAAGAGUCAGAAAGGAAGGCACCCUCAUAAAACAGAUAAUCAACGAGAGCAGCUAUCUAAAUCCAUCCAAAAGCAAGAGGAAAUUGCAAAAAAUGAUCGUUUUGAACAAAUAUGGCGGAGCAGAAAAGGUAAAAAAGAAGCAGUAGAUGAUAUGUACCAUUUCUAUGAUGUUGUUCGUGUUGAUGUUGAGGAAAGCUCCAAUAGCAUGCAAGCUGAGGAAGAGAUAUCCUUGGAUGAUUGCAAGCUUUUAUCUAGUUAUUUGCCACUAUUGAGAGAGUGUAUUCCUGCUGCUGCUGCUGAAAUUGAAUCUGAUAUGCGAGCUUACAUGUAUGAAAGAGAUGAAUAUGUGUAUGACUAUUACACUGUGAAGGAUGACAUGGACAUAGAUGAGGACACCGCUUCAAAUCCAUUCCCACUGGUACAGGUGGAUGAUGAGGAUUUCUAUGAUGUGCCAUAUGAGUCAGAAUAUGAUAGCGAAGAUUCGAAUGCUGAAGAUAAUCCAAGAAAUGAUUAUCCUGAUGAAAUAUCUGAAGAGGAAGAGGAUGAGGAUGCAAAGAGUAGAGCCUCUGAUCAAUCAGAAGAGGGAAGUGAGCAUACUAGUAACAAGUCUUCAGAAGUUGGGGAUGUGAGGUGCGAUAGAUUAGUGGAAGAUGGAGACCUGUUAUAUGAAGAUGACAUUUAUGAUGGUUACCAUGAUGAUGCUAAUCAUAUUCGUGAUGGUAAUAGUGAUGAUGAUACUGAGGGUGAAGAUUGGAGAUGGUCCUACAGGUGAAAUAUGGACUUAGUGGGUAAUUAGAGCAAGUUGUUUGGAGAUCAUGUUAGAUCACACAUUAUUUUGUUGUAUAUAGUUCUUAUCACAAUUAUGAUCCACAUGGAUUCAGUGUUGCAAGGAAAUCACCUUGUAGAACUAAUUACAUCAUGGUUAUUGUUGAUAUCCUAGUUCUGUUGUUUCUUGUUGUUGGUUA